GCAAUCAUGGCUUGGGGAUGGGCAACAUCGGUCGGCGGGUGGUGAGCGACACAUCUGGAGGCGAAAGAGGCCAUGGUGAGGCACCUACAGGCAAAGUUCCAAGGGAACAGGAAUGACCCUCCUGGAGUGGGUGGCUGGUCGGAGAGUCACUCUGCAGCACCUCCUGCAAUGGAGCUGGGACAGACCCCUGUGCCAGGCUCCAAGGGUGAGCCGCCUCCUGAGUCCCCCUGGACCAGGAAGGUGGACUUCAGCAGAGCUUCUCCAUCUCACAGUAAAGGUCAGAGUGCAGGACAGCAUUUGCCUUCUCAUCCUGUCUGUGAGACCCCGGGAUGGAUGGUGCGACUGAAGAAGGGGAUUGCUCAAGACAGCAGCUUCCCCCCAGCCCCUGCAAAGCCAGGAGGAGGAGCUGUAUUGAACAAGGAUGUGGGAGCCAUCUCUGACCCUCCCCAGAGAAACCCAGCCCAGCAGACACGGCCACUUGCCAAAGACAAGGGUGCUCCGGUGGUUCCUGCCAAAGGUGCGUCUGCUGCAGCCUCCCUGGACGCUGUGGGAAGCCCCCAUGGGUCAGGCCACUCAGGUCCGCCUCGGAGGAAGCCUUUGCCGCACGUCAAGGUGCUGGGAGCGAGGCCGGCCAAGCCCAGGCGCCCUCCUGUUGUGUGUCUGGAGAAGUUCAGUGCAGCUGCACGUCCUGGGAUGCCCAUCCAUCCUGCCACGGAGCCACCAAGGAGUGCUCAGCUGGGUUACCUGAAACCAGGCUAUGUUGCAUCAGCUCCGGCACAGUUCCCACCACAGGGUGCUCCCAGUGUAACAGGGGAUGAAGAGGAGAUAUAUGAUGAUGUAGAGCCCAUUGGGCUGCUCAGGAGUGACCAAGGCUUUCUGCUGCCCGCCGUGUCCCAGCCACCAGCGCACCCCUGCCCCAGAGGAGGUGGAGAUGCCGGUCAAGCUUCUAACAGGGUUGCUUUGUUGGCAGCUGCACAGAGAGAAGCCCAGGUCUCCUGGAAGAUUAAGCCAAUGACACUCAAGGAAUGCAAGAAGGAAGAGAAGGCAGACAGGGAGUUUCAGAAGAAAUUCAAGUUCGAAGGAAGCAUCAUCGUCCUGACUCAGAUGAUGGUUGACCCCGCAGUGACGGAGAAGAAGGGUGGAGGGAAGAACCUGCCGCUGAGACGAGGAGAAAUCCUUGAUGUCAUUCAGUUUACAAAUCGGGAGCAAAUCCUCUGCCGAAACAGCCAGAGGAGGUAUGGCUACGUGCCCCGGGCAGUGAUGCUACACCUGGACACUGACAUCUAUGAUGACGUUGAGAUUUACGGUUGAGCAAUCCAUGCUAAAGCCAAAGGCACAAGACAGCACCAACAGAGAUCUCCCCAAGGGCUGAAAGAUGAAAAGCACUAUAUGCCACACUCCUGCUUUGGAAGGAGCUCUGCUUCCUCUGAGAUAGCCUCUGAAAGCUGCCAUGUCCCUGCUGAAACAGUGGUGAGGCCAUUCAGCACCCUGCAGGGCUGCAAGAAUCCUGUCCCACAGGGGCAGGGGGCUCAAAGAGAUCCUCAAGUCAAGCCUUCUCUCUGGCUUUGUUUUGUCUGUGUAAAAUAUGGCAAUG